AUGGAGCACAUGCUUCAAUUGUGGCAUAUAGCAAUGCAGAAAUUGCUAAGUUGGUCUGAUAGUUGGCUUGGUAACUACAAGGUUUCAAGUUCUAACUCUCUGCGGGGCCUCUCUAUUGACUUUCUUGGUUCGAGCUCGAUCAGCUAUGGACAAUCCAGGCUUGUUUACCGCCUUGUGGUCCUUUGUUGGUUAGGGUCACAAGAUUACGAGAAGUUGGGCAAGAAAUACCGAACCCACACUCCCCUGUCUUCUCUACAUUACCACUCAUCUAGGGUUUUAGCUUCCCCUUUGCACUCGACUCCGUUAGGCUCCGGCGGUCAGCAGCAGCGCAACCACCAUCCGCCAGCGAAAAUGGUUAAGGAACGUCAAGGAGAGCGUGUCAGGCUGUAUACCAGAGGAACAAUUCUAGGUUACAAGAGGUCGAAGUCGAACCAGUAUCCAAACACGUCGCUUAUUCAGAUCGAGGGAGUGAACACUAAGGAGGAAGUUGAUUGGUACCAGGGAAAGCGUAUGGCGUACGUGUACAAGGCCAAAACGAAGAAGAGCGGCUCUCACUACCGCUGCAUCUGGGGAAAGGUCUGCAGGCCUCACGGCAAUAGCGGCGUUGUUAGAGCUAAGUUCAAGUCCAAUCUUCCGCCUAAAUCCAUGGGAGAUAAGGUUAGGGUGUUCAUGUAUCCAAGCAACAUAUCAGGGAAGGUGAAGAUGCCAGAUUCAAGGUCAUCAUUGUUGUUGUUUUAUUUAGUAGUUUCUUUGGGGGGGAUUUUGAGGAAUUGGGGGUUCCGGAUAGAUCGACCAAUGUCGGCAAUGAAGGCGACGGGCCGGUUUUUCACGAUCGGGCUGGUGGCGUCGUGGUACUCCUCCAACAUUGGGGUUUUGCUGCUGAACAAGUACUUGCUGAGCAAUUACGGAUUUAAAUACCCGAUCUUUCUCACGAUGUGCCACAUGACGGCUUGCUCCCUGCUCAGCUACAUCGCCAUUGCCUGGAUGAAGAUGGUGCCUAUGCAGACUAUAAGAUCUAGGGUUCAGUUCAUGAAGAUCUCCGCGUUGAGCCUCGUGUUUUGCGCCUCCGUCGUCAGCGGCAACAUCUCGCUCCGCUACUUGCCCGUUUCCUUCAACCAGGCCAUUGGCGCCACCACGCCCUUCUUCACUGCCGUCUUUGCGUAUUUGAUGACUUUCAAAAGAGAGGCUUGGUUGACUUACGUCACUCUUGUCCCUGUUGUCACAGGCGUAGUCAUUGCCAGUGGGGGUGAACCGAGUUUCCAUCUAUUUGGAUUCAUCAUGUGUAUUGGUGCCACAGCAGCUAGGGCACUUAAAUCAGUGCUUCAAGGGAUUUUGCUGUCGUCGGAAGGGGAGAAGCUGAACUCCAUGAAUCUUCUACUCUACAUGGCUCCUAUUGCUGUUGUACUUCUAUUGCCUGCUACACUAAUUAUGGAAGAAAAUGUUGUUGGUAUCACCCUAGCACUUGCAAGGGAGGAUGUUAGAAUCAUCUGGUUGCUGCUAUUCAAUUCUGCUCUUGCAUAUUUUGUAAACUUGACCAAUUUUUUGGUUACAAAACACACCAGUGCUCUCACACUUCAGGUUUUGGGGAAUGCUAAAGGAGCCGUAGCUGUGGUUGUCUCAAUAUUAAUUUUCAGAAAUCCAGUAUCAGUUACAGGGAUGCUCGGCUAUACCCUCACAGUGUUCGGUGUUAUUCUCUAUAGUGAAGCUAAGAAACGCAGUAGGAAGGAUUGAUGUUGGAAAGUACAAAUUCUAUUAAUUUUGCCUUGUGAUGAGAGGUGCAAGUUUGAAACGCUAGAUGGAUCGCAUCCUUGCAGUUGUACCUUGGAUUUUGGCCUCAAAUUUAACUUCUGCACUAGAAAAUGCGCGGAAAUAGGCGUCCAUCUUCUAUCUCAGCCAACAACCACGCCAGCCAACACAUAGUAGUAAUAAGUAACUCGAGAUUUCUCUCCGUUCUUCCCACACGGGCAGUUUUGGGAGAAAUAUCUUUUAAAUUCUUUGAGAAAGAGAUUGUAGAAUUGAGAAUUGCAGUAUACACAGCAUAUUACAAUUUUUCAUAUUGAUUUGUUCAGCCUACAUAGCAUGUUCGUAUAAAUUCAAAAAUUCCUGUUUCAUAAGCCUCUUUUCCAGUCAUAUAUAUCUGUGCUAUUCCAACAAAA